UGGUUUGAGGAGAGCAUGGGGUGGGACAACCAGAGACGACCGUACUCUCCCAGUCGUUCAGUCCGCGCCCCGACACGCAAUCACGCGCACACUUCUCGUCGUCUCGCUGAGAAUCCGAACUUUCCGUUUCCUUUUUUUUCUCUUUACGCUCUCGCUUGUGACUCGAGAGUUCUUCGAGUGGCUGCCACGCGCGUCUUACACCCGCCGAUUCUUCUUGUUGUCGCGAUUACUCUUUUCCCUUUCAACGUGACGCGACUACACGCGGUCCUCUUUGGUUCUAACAAGGCAAAAUCAACGCAAAGCCAAACUAAUUACCCAUAAUUAACCAGUGUGCCCAUUAUGACAACUCUGAAGAUUCCUCCGCAUCGUCUUAAAUCG